UUUGUAAUUGGAGCUCGUACUUGUUUGUUGGCUCAAAAGUGUCGGCUCUUCUUCAGUUUCGUUUCUUUUUCAAGAAAUGUUGAAGUCCAUGAGCAGCAGCGAAGACCACCUGGUCUCUCUGAUCGUAUCUUCCACCGGGAAAUCCCAUCUCCGGCAGAUUCAUGCGGUCUUACUCCGAACUUCGUUGAUCAGAAGCUCUGACGUUUUCCACCAUUUCCUCUCCCGUCUGGCUCCCCGAGAUCUCGAUUACUCGCGUCACGUUUUCUCCCAAAGGAGCAACCCAAGCGUCUCUCACUGCAACACCAUGAUCAGAGCUUUCUCCGUCAGCGAAACUCCCGGCGAAGGGUUUCGCUUGUUCCGAGCUCUGAGACGAAAAACCUUUCCUCCCGCUAACCCUCUCUCGUCCUCUUUCGCCCUCAAGUGUUGCAUCAAAUCAGGCGACUUACUCGGUGGUUUGCAGAUUCACGGCAAGAUUUUCAGCGAUGGGUUUCUCUCGGACAGUCUCCUGUUAACGACUCUGAUGGAUUUCUACUCCACCUAUGCAAACAGCGCUGCUGCUUGUAAAGUGUUCGACGAAAUUCCCAAGAGAGAUACCGUUUCUUAUAACGUGCUCAUCUCGUGUUUUCUGCGGAACAAACGUACACGUGACGUUCUGUUUUUGUUCGAUAAGAUGAUGAAAGAGGUCGAUGGGUGUGUCAGACCAGAUGGUGUAACAUGCUUACUAGCUCUACAAGCUUGCGCAAGCUUAGGCGCGCUGGAUUUCGGUACACAAGUUCAUGAAUUCAUCGAUGGAAAUGGACUCGGUGGUGCUUUGAACUUGAACAACACUCUUGUUUCCAUGUACUCACGUUGCGGGUCUAUGGAUAAGGCUUACGAGGUCUUUAACCGAAUGCGUGAAAGAAACGUGGUCUCAUGGACGGCUAUGAUCACGGGUUUAGCCAUGAACGGGUUCGGGAAAGAAGCUAUUGAAGCUUUCGAGAAGAUGUUGAAGUGUGGAAUCUUUCCACAGGAACAUACGCUAACUGGUUUACUAUCUGCGUGUAGCCAUUCAGGUUUGGUCCAUGAAGGAAUGAUGUUUUUCGAUAGACUAAAGAGCGGCGAGUUUAAGAUGAAGCCUAAUUUGCAUCACUAUGGCUGCAUCGUUGACCUCUUGGGACGUGCUCGUCUGCUCGAUAAAGCCUAUAGUCUUGUACAGUCAAUGGAGAUGAAGCCAGACUCCACUAUAUGGCGUACUCUGCUCGGUGCUUGUAGAGUCCAAGGGAAUGUGGAACUUGGGGAACGUGUGAUCUCCCAUCUUAUCGAGCUCAAAGCCGAGGAAGCCGGAGACUACGUUCUGUUACUCAACACAUAUUCCUCCGUUGGGAAUUGGGAGAAAGUGACUGAACUGCGUUCGUUGAUGAAGGAGAAAAGAAUCCAUACCAAACCUGGAUUCAGUGCCAUGGAGGUACAAGGAACGGUUCAUGAGUUUAUAGUAGAUGAUGUUUCGCAUCCGCGGAAGGAAGAGAUCUAUAAGAUGCUAGCGGAGAUCAACCAGCAGCUGAAGAUUGCGGGUUAUGUGGCGGAAGUAGCAUCAGAACUGCACAAUCUUGAUUCAGUGGAAGAGAAGGGACAUGCGUUGACAUACCAUAGCGAGAAGCUAGCUAUUGCCUUUGGUAUUCUUAUGACUCCACCAGGAACAACCAUUAGAGUGACCAAGAAUCUUAGAACUUGUGUUGAUUGUCAUAAUUUCGCAAAGUUUGUUUCUCGUGUUUAUGAUCGUGUUGUGAUCGUUAGAGAUCGCUCACGUUUCCAUCAUUUUAAAGGUGGGUUUUGCUCCUGUAACGACUUCUGGUGAUGAUUCGGAAGAUUUGCUUCAGUGUCAUGUAUCAAAAUCUUCAAAAUGAAGAAGCUAAUACACUCUUUAUUUUACAA